AUGGCUCACGUCAAGCAGGACCCAGAUCGCCCAUACGUGAAACAAGAGUACAUCAAACAGGAUCCCGAUAACAAAGAGACUGCACUUGCGGAUAUUGACGAGGAGGAUCUAUACGAGGAUGCCGGCGACCUUGAUUUCACAUCUGCCAACCAGAGCGUCUGGCUCUCUCGUUUGCCGAAGCAAUUAUGGGAGCACUGGGCGCACUUGAAUGACGAUGACGAGAUUGAGAUUGGUACGAUGCGAGUGGAAGGUCCACCGGAGGACAUCAAGCGUGUCAGUUUGCGCCUACACGAUCGACCCGAUAACAAAGAUGUGCCAAAAGACUACGUGCUUUCGAAACAAGUCGCUGAUCCUUCGGGAGCUGGAUCGCAUCAUACUCAUAAUACCUUCCUAUUUACCGAGAAAGACAUCCCGGGUGUGGAGAAUCGCAUGGCCUCAUUCGGCGAAACACGAUCGGUUCUCUACGAAUCACAGAAGCGCGAAGCUAAGCGCAGAGAACAGGGCAAGCGAUGGGAGCCUUAUGUCCGCAAAACGAUACCCAAACAUACUGCACUCGCAGGUGCUGUCAGUGAGGAAUUCAACUGUCUUCCCGUCGAGAACGCGGAGUUCCAACGCAUAUCUGAAAAACGAGCAUUGGAAACUUUGAAGCCCCGAAAGGAGACUGUCUUCAUUGAUAAGAUUCCUGGAAAGAUCAUCCAAGCUCGCCACGCUCUUCCCAGCGAGAAGGGUCAAUUUGUGCAAGCAACCAAAACCGGUGGCAGAGGAAGACCCCAAGAGAACAAGUCCACUCGUAUGCCCCAAAACGAGCUCUUGGAUCUUAUUUUCCAGUGCUUCCGCGAGUUCAGAUACUGGCCAUUUAAGACGCUCAAGGCCCGCCUGGCGCAGCCUGAAGCCUACCUUAAACAAACCCUGGAGCUGGUCGCGCACUUGGUCAAGUCUGGUGACUUUGCCAUGACCUGGGAGCUCAAGCCUGAGGCGACCCAUGCCCAAUACUCAAAUGCUAUGGACAACGCCAAGGCAGAGUUACCGCCAGGAGCUGACGAUCCAUACGAUGAGGCGUCUGAGGAUGACCCAAUGGGAUCUGGAAUGGCCACGGACCAAGACGACGUGCAUUUCGAGAACGUUUAG